GACAAUAUAAUGUUAUUAUUUUGAAAUGUUUAUGUAAUAUGGGACAUAGCACAAAAAGUCAUGCUAAAGAACACAAAGAGACUCAGUCACCGAUGUUGAAGAUAUUCAAAGACAUGAUGCAACAGGAAAACGAAGAUCCAGAGAAGGCGACGCUGUUGAAAGAGAAGAAGGAAAAGAAGAGGAAACCGUAUUCGGAGUCACGAGGCAAAUGUGAUCAGAGGUCUUCUCACGACUCCAGUAGCACGGACAAACACAAGAGACAAAAGCAUAAGCACCAAGCAAUGAAACAAGAAGAGGAUCCUACGACAAAGAGUCAUUUUCACAGAGACAAGGUAGAAAGCUGGUGGUUCAAGAAUGAAAAAAGGAACAAAUCAGACACCUGCUCAUGUGUUUCUUGUGCUUUAAAGAAGAUAGUUGGCUCGGAGUACACGUGCGUGGCGUGCCUUCUUGCGCUCUUCAGCCUUUCGGUGGUGGUGGGGUACCUGGUGAUCUUCAGGGCGUCUUCAACCGUACUGACGGAGCAGACCAGCGAGGCUCCUAGAAGCUACAUGAAGGAGAAGAGACAGCUGAAACUCAUGGACCUUGAGGGAACGAACUCCAAGACGCUUUCACAAGACCUCGGUUAUUCAGGAUAUCUUGGAUCUGACUUUGGUGAUACGAGUCAGCAAGCUAACAAUCUCGAUAUGGAUAACAUCAGUGGUGAGUUGUCUAGCGUUCUGGAUACGGACAAGAUUUCCGAUCCUCAGCUGAGUCAAAGCCUACGAGAUUUUUACAAGAAACUAAUACAGACUGACUCGCAAAUCAAGAGGCUAAAGAAGACAUUCGGGAACGGUUACCAUAGCGACAAUAGCCGUUACGCGAUCGACAGGUUCAAGAGAUCUGUUGAGAAGAAGAUUCCGGAGAAGAUACCGGCAGGCAAGCAGACGAGGAGCAGUUUGAAGAAGAGUAAUGGGAGACUGAAGAAAAAUGCGGAUUACUUCGUCGAAGAAAAGAACUACAUUAUCCAUUACGAGCCGAGCAACAAACGGAGGAACUUCCCGAAGUGCUACCAGCCACAUGACGUCACUUCUCACGAGCACAAGCUAAAACAUCCGUACUACAAGCACAGCCAACGGCUGGACGAAAUGCUUAAGCAAUUCAUGACGAGAUCGCGCAACGCCAGCGACACUGCAAACAAUCUAAGCCAAUCACAUGGUGCAAGCGCCAAAGCUGAAGCUGAAAAAGCUGGGCCUUUUAGAAGUGGGAAGGAGACGAAGGUUAAAGAAGAGAAAUCUGACGCACCAAUAUCCGAACUUAACGUGGACUAUGUUGAUAAUAACUUAGAUCUGACAACGACGUCGCUUGAGUUACUCGAAUCGCAACUUUCAAAAAUGAAAUCCAAUGUAAAUCCAAACGAUAAAAAUACUUUAAGUGCCAGAAUGGGUCGAAAGCUAAUGCACGUGGAAGAUGAUGAGAUAAAAAGAGAUCGAGGAUAUGAAGAAGCUAGAGCUGUAUUGGGAGAUGAUAAUGAACGUCAAGAGGAAAUAGAGACGCAUCGAAGGAGCUAUAAUGAUCGUGAACAAAUUUCCAAACUUAGUCCUAAAUUCCAAAAAGAUGACCUUCUUAACUUAAAUUGGAAAGGGCCUAUGCCUCUGUACCCCGAAGAAGUGAACAGAAUGAUCAAGCAAGCUGUGAUGCAAAACUAUAAUGUUCGUCUACCAGUACAUUCAAGAGAUAACAAAGUUGUGGAUGAUAGACCUGAAAGCGAAAAAUCUGAUUCAUACUAUGUUGACGAUUAUAAUAAGUAUGAUAAUUUGGUUGGGUUGGCCCAGGCUUACAGUGAUUAUGGAGUGCUCGAAGGAAAGAAGGACCUAACAACGACAUCCGAUGCCAAAACAAACGAGGGAUACACAUUAUUUGAAAGUUUGAUACCCUCUGGAUUGAGGCGUAAAAAGAAGGGUUUUGAUGAUUUUGAAAGAACAAUGAACUCUGGCAUGUUAAAUCAUUCAAAUCUAUUGUCUAGCAUUCAGAAACACGUCAAGUUUAUUAGUCCAAAAGACUUCCACGAUGCACCUGAUCCACGGAUGAAUUCUGAAAUUGACAAAUCGGAUAAUGCAAUCGAAAUCGAGACUCAAUCUCGUAGUGAUCUAACAACAGACAAGUCUAGUUUCCAUGAAAAAGAUCAAUAUUUGACGUAUAAAAAAAAUAGAAAUCUCUUGUCUGUCGAUAAUUUUGAAAAGAUUGAUAAAGAUAGAAAAACUGAGGAUAAGUCAAAUUCUAGUUUUGCCAUCGGGGAGUUUUUGGGAAGAGUGGCGGAUUGGUUUUUCACAAUGGCCAACUUAUCUGGCGAAUUGGAUACUAAUCUAACACGCUCGAAUGAUUCAAUACAUAAUAAUAUUACUACCAAUAUCACAAAGGAAUUGGAAUACCCACUGUAUGAUUCGGACAUGGUGCAAAAUAUUGGACAUCGCUCUCGAGUGCUCAUGUCUAUUGAAGAGAUGAAUACUACUAGUAUUGAUGCAAUACCUGAAUUGGAAACAAUAGAUGCGUUGGCUACUGUCGCAACAAAUUCCACAAAACUUACAUCUAAUGAUACUCAAGCAGAAACAAACAAUACAGUGGUGAAACGAAGCGCUGAUGAUUCCAUUUUCUGGAAUGAUCUCUACGACGAGGAUGAGUAUGGCAUGAAAGUAGACUACUUGGACAAUGUGCUGCGAGGAAAGCAUUCAGCUAAAAAUGAUUACAAGAACGCCUUGAUGAAGUCGAGGGCGUGGAUGCAGGGCAAAAUGAAGGAUGUGGGUAACAGAAUACGGACGAAUAUUGGGCAGAAGUGGAAAACUACAGUAUCUAAAGCGAAUGCAGUGUUUACAUCAUCGAGAAAACCACAAACAGUAUCGAAACAACAGAUCCCGAACCGUCGUGGCAGAAGUGUGGAUGAGGAAAGUGCAGAAAUGAAGAACAGCUUUAAGGUGUUGAACGCGAACCUGAAAAAGAUCUGCAGAGAUGCUGCCCAGGUUGUUCGCAAUACGAGAAGGAUUGAAGCUCAAGUGGAAAGGCCGGAGAGUCCGGCAGUCACGGGGCUGAUGCAGCAGCUCAUCAGGCUCAUGGGUGACCUGGUGGAUAUCCAGGUGCAACAGAGAACUUGCGCAAAGUUGCCGCCUGACCUUCGCGAUUUUCUGGACUGGCUGACGGCUCCAGCAGACAGCAAGCGGCACGUGGACAACAUAGCAGCAUCCCGUGACUACAAUACCGAUGGUUUUGGGAAGUACGAUAAAUCUUUGAGUUCAGAAUUCGACUUCAACCUGGUGCUACCCAGUCUGUCGGAAAACUCCCAGGUGCCAAUAGACGACAGAACUGAAUGUCUUGGCAGUAUCCAGGCAAUCCAGGAUCUGAUGCAGCAUUAUGAAGGCAUGAGCAAUGAAGAUAAGAACAAAAUGCCCGGAGUCAAGAAAUACCUAGAUGACCAGCUCUGGUACCUGAACAAGAAGUUGAAUGCUCUCCAAAACAAUAACAAUUGGAAUUACAAGAAGAGAGAAAUCAGAAUGCGGAGAGCUGUUACCGAGACGGGCAAACCGAGAUUCGGCAGAUGGUUUAAGAAGCUCAUGCGGAAAUUCGACAAAAAACGUACUUCUUUCAUUACUCCUUCUCCAACAACCAAUUCUCGGAAUAAUAAGAUUGAGAGUUCUACUGGAAAAGAAUCUAAUGAUAAAACGAAUAGAAAUGAUAUUAUUAAUACUCACGCUGUGAAUGAAUUUAAAAAACCAACUAACGAAAAUGAUGAUAGUGUUACUUAA